CCUUCCGAGGAGCCAUCUCCUCCCCGCCAGCCUCCGGGGGGGGCCGCCAGCACCAUGUGGGCUACCCAACUCCUGCCAGCCUUGCUGCUCCAUCAGCUGCUGCUGCCUCCCAUCUCCAUCCCUGCGGCAGAAGGUAAAGGAAGAAGGAGAAAUCCUCUUCAUGACUAUAAAAAAACAGGCGAGUUGAUGCUCAUCAAAGUAAACAAAACACUGGAAGUUAAAACCAAGCUGUUAAAUACCACUGAGCAGUGUGCCAAGAGAUGCAGCAGGAACAAAGGCCUUUCAUUCACUUGCAAGGCCUUUGCUUAUGACAGAGUUACAAAACGGUGCCAUUGGUUAUCCUUCAACAGCUUGACAAAUGGUGUGAGAAAGAAGCAAGACCAUGCGUUUGAUCUGUUUGAAAAGAAGGACUACGUCAGAAACUGUAUAAUUGGAAAAGGAGCUGAGUACAAAGGAACAAUAUCUAUUACCAAAAGUGGUAUUCAGUGUCAGGCCUGGAAUUCAAUGAUCCCCCAUGAGCACAGCUUUUUGCCUUCGAGCUAUCGGGGUAAAGACCUGCGGGAAAACUACUGCCGAAACCCCCGAGGGGAAGAGGGAGGGCCAUGGUGUUUCACCACCAGCCCAGAGAUGCGCCAUGAAGUCUGCGACAUCCCCCUCUGCUCUGAAGUUGAAUGCAUGACCUGCAAUGGAGAGAGUUACAGAGGGCCAAUGGAUCAUACUGAGUCAGGCAAGGAGUGUCAGCGCUGGGACCUUCAGAGACCACACAAACACAAAUUUCGUCCAGAGAGAUAUCCUGACAAGGGCUUUGAUGAUAAUUACUGCCGCAAUCCUGAUGGCAAGCUGAGACCAUGGUGCUACACUCUUGACCCUAACACCCCCUGGGAGUUCUGUGCGAUUAAAACCUGUGAUGUUGGCAUUCUGAACAGCACAGAGGCAGUGGCUGAGACAACAACAUGCAUCCAGGGGCAGGGCGAAGGAUACCGUGGCACAGUCAACACCAUAUGGAGUGGGAUCCAGUGCCAACGGUGGGACUCCCAGUUUCCUCAUCAGCACAACAUCACUCCUGAGAGCUUCAAGUGCAAAGAUUUGAGGGAGAACUACUGUCGAAAUCCAGAUGGAUCUGAAUCACCCUGGUGUUUUACUACUGACCCAAACAUCCGGAUUGGUUAUUGCUCCCAGAUUCCUAAGUGUGAUGUAUCAAAUGAACAAGAUUGUUAUCGUGGCAAUGGAAAGAAUUACAUGGGGAAUCUGUCCAAGACAAGAUUUGGACUAACUUGCUCCACAUGGGACAAGAAUAUUGAAGACUUGCGUAGGCAUAUACAAAUCUUCAGAGAACCAGAUGUUAGUAAACUGAAGAAAAACUAUUGCCGCAAUCCAGAUGAUGAUUUUCAUGGUCCCUGGUGUUACACAGAUGAUCCUCUCAUUCCCUGGGAUUACUGCCCUAUUUCUCGAUGUGAUGGUGAUACAACUCCUACUACAACCAGUUUGGAUGAUACUGUCAUUCCUUGUGCUUCAACAAAACAUUUGAGAGUUGUAAAUGGAAUCCCAACUCAAACUAACGAAGGAUGGGUGGUUAGUUUGACAUACAGGAAUAAGCAUAUCUGUGGAGGUACUCUGGUAAAGGAAGAAUGGGUUCUCACAGCAAGGCAGUGUUUCCCUUCUCGUUACAAAGAUCUGAAAGACUACAAAGCCUGGCUUGGAGUCCAUAAUAUUAAAGGAAAGGGAGAAGAGAAGCACAGACAAGUUCGGAAUAUCUCCCAGCUGGUAUACGGUCCAGCAGGAUCAGAUCUGGUUUUACUGAAACUUAGCAGACCUGCCAUAUUGACAAAUUUUGUAGAAAUAAUCCGAUUGCCCAUUUCUGGAUGUACCAUUCCAGAGAAGACCAGUUGCAGUGUUUAUGGAUGGGGAUACACUGGAUUAGCUAACUAUGAUGGUCUUCUCCGGGUAGCAAACCUGUUUAUUUUGGCAAAUGAGAAAUGCAGCCAGUAUCUCAAAGGGAAGAUCACUGUGAAUGAGUCAGAAAUCUGUGCUGUGGCUGAAACCAUUGGUUCUGGGCCUUGUGAGCGUGAUUAUGGUGGUCCCUUGGUUUGUGAACAAAACAGACUAAAAAUAGUAGUGGGUGUCAUUGUUCCUGGCCGUGGAUGUGCCAUUCGAAAUCGUCCUGGAAUUUUUGUUCGAGUCUCACAUUACUCCCGGUGGAUACACAAGAUUAUGAUGACCUACAGAAAACCCUGAAGAAAACUCAACAGCUUCCAUUUACAGAGAGAUUGUGGACAGCAUAGAAUUAAGGUGUAAUGUAAAGAUCAACCAUUUUUAAACUACUUGAUAGUCAAGUUUGUUGAACUUCUUUUAAUAUUUAUAGGUGUUAUUGGUGUUUUGUCUAUCAGUGUUGUUUUAUAAAUAUUGAAGUAACUUACAGUAUAUGCAAGUAUGGUGACAUAUCUCCUGAAGAUACUUGAAUGGGUAAACAAUUUUGCAAAGAUAUUAUUACUGGAUGAUUAAUGAUUUUGUACAAAAAGAUCACAAGCUCUUUUUUUGCUGCUCUUCAGAUUAUCUUAGAAGGGGUAACGUAUUAUAGCUUUAUUUAACACAACUUAUUCUUUCUAUGAGCCGCACACUUCUCUUCAGAUAUGACAAUAGUUCUACUGAGAGAGAUAUACAUCUAUCAAAGACAGCAUAUAUCACCCUAUUUCUCAUACGCCCUUGAGAGAGGUCAAAAAUGUCAAUAUUUCAUUACAAAAACAUCCCUUUUGAAAUUAAUCUUCUCAUUGUUGACAAACUUUGACAAGCCUUCAAUCAGUGAAGUUCUCACAGAAGUCAGUAUCACUUCCUAUUACAGUACUUGUAGGCUCUUCCUAUACUUGGUCCCUUUAGUGUGAAGGUGGUCCCCUAAAAGAUAUCUCAAAAAAUUCUCUAGAUAGGCAAAGAGAUGUAGUAAUGAACUGGUUAGCAAACUGUUGAUCAUUUUUUCAAAGUUUGUCACAGAACUAACUGUGAAUUUACAGUGUUAGAAAUUGUAUGUGAUUGGAUUGAAAAAGUAGUCUUGAUUUGCCACUGAUGGACAUUUGCCAUUAAAAGUAUUUAAACUAAAUAUGUCCAAAUCCUUCUCAAGAGGUAAGUGUUAAAAAUUGAAAGGAUCCUACAUAUUGAUUUAAAAGUAACUUUGUUAACAGUGGGGAAAAAAAAAAUAGUUGAAUCUGGCACCUGGAUGAAAGACAGCACUAGGAAAAUAAGAUAUAUAUUAAUAAACUUUUCAGAGACUUCAGAUAUUUAAUAAGAUCUUACCUAAAUUUGGUCCAAAAUGUGUCCUUUGUAUAGUCUCUUUCAGGACAAUAAAAUUAUUUCAGGGAGAUGAUCUUGUACAAAAUGGGGAAAGCAUCACUAGUAGUUAAGCACUUUGUUUCCUGCCUACAUGUGGAACUAUCAUUUCCCUUUAGGCUGAUUUGGAAAGGGAACAUAUAGUCAGCAUCUGUGAAAAGUGCUUGUUCCCCUUUAGAUAUGUAACUGUAUGUCUGGAAUUGUAAUACAUUUAGCAGCUGGCAGUACGCUAUAGGUGGCACCAACUACCCUGUAAAUUCUAGAAAGUAGAUACAACACAUAUCCAGUUAUUUUUACUACUGUACAUGCAAUUGCAUAAGUAACUGCACUAUUACUUCACUUGUGACAGUGCACUUGUAUAUGUUUCCAGUAGCAAAUUGUAAGAUAUAGAUCAUAUCUAACUGCAUAGCCACUAAGCUGACAUGAUGAUGUAGACAUAUAAAAGAACAUUUUAUUUCAUUCUGAAGACGCAGGGCUGAGUUCUGCCCUGGCAGAAAGUAACCAUUUCAGAAGAGCUGUCGUGGGAGGUCGUUCUCAUGUUAACUCACCAAAUUAUUUUCUUCAGCAGUGCACUUUGGCUACAGUGAGACUUAAAUAUGCUUACAUCUCCUAGUCAACUAGGAUGAAUUUCAGCCCAAGCUUAAAUUGCUUGGCUUGCUGAGGUUUGUGUCAAGCAUCCAGCAAUGUCUACUGGUGCAUAGGAAGAAAUAUUUUAGGAAGUAGAGCAUCUGAAAUUCCUUCUGAUGUAAAUAGUUUCCUUGGAACAGAAGCAACUUCCCUGUACUGGUAACCUGAAGGUGUGGAUGCUACAUGGAUAGUCUAUCUAUCCUGGCUGCUUCUGAAGGCUUCAUACUCCUUUUUGUCUCUCUUACUCACCAGGCUUAAAGAGGGCAGGAUUUAGCCUGUUGUAUUUACAAUUAAUUAUUGCAAUGUAUGUAAAGACUGUAUUCUUACUCAGUAUAUACUGAACGCAGCAUAUUGAAAGAAUUAACUUUUUGAGAGAGACUUUUGAAAAAACUCCAAGUGAGUUUUGUUUUCAGUCAUUAGUAGAAUGUGGAUAAAAUACAUAAUUUCAUGUUCACUCUUUGUACCCUAGGAAUUCUUAUGUGUUCACUGUAUUAUAUGUGCAGGCGUUUUGUUAUGUCUAUCUAAAAAAUUGAAUCUUAAAAUAUUUUAGUUAUAAUCUUCUGCUGUGCAGAAGGCUGUGAUUUUUAUAUAUAUAUAUACACACACACACAUAUAAAUAUAUGAUUAAAAAAUACUGUUUUUUGUUAGACAACAUGUAAGGAUUUUUACCUGUUUGUUCUAGGCAUCACCUCAGUAAAAGAAAUUGUUCAGAGUUGAUGCUCCAGAACUUAACAUGUUUGUAUGCACUUGCUUAUCAGGUGCUCUUGCUCUCCCUAUCUCUAUAUGAAGGGCACACGAGACUCUGAAAAGCAAGGGAAGAGAAGAAUAAUGAUAUGUGGUAAUGAAUUUGUACUUCAUUUAUUCCUGUGAAUAUUUCUUGUUGGUACCAAUGGUACCGUGCCAGGCAACUGUUAUAACUACAGGAUUCUCUUAAGAAAGAACACUCUACACACACUCAUUCAUUGUUCUAACAUAUUGCUCUCUAAUAACAGGUGGACUUACUCUAGUGCCCAUCUAAAUUUCUGAAAAGCCUCUUACUAACUUCAGUGGGAUUUGGACUUUACUUUGCAGAUGUGAUUUUGUUCAUAAUUAUAAUUAAAGGAUACAGAACGUAAACUGUUAUCUAAGGACAUUCUUAAAUUCCUUUGAAUUUUGUCUUCCUUUUCCUUGCUGCAACUUAUCUAUGGACUCUGAAAAGUAUAAUAACUGGAUACAGAAUUUCAAACCUAAGACCUGAUUUUGAGCUGCUGAAGUUAGUUUAACUCAAUUGACUUGUUUUCUUAUGGCACUAAAACUGGCUGACACUUCUUCCUUUCCUUAAUGAAAACAUUUCUCCCUUGUAAAAAAAAGGGUUUGUUUUCUUUUUCCUAUCUCUUUUUCUCUCCUAAAGCUCAUGAUUCUCAGAGAAACUAUAGCACUCAUUGGGAAUGUACUGGUCCAAAUCUUUGCUGCUAUGGCUGAAAUCUUCUGUAGUUUGAAAUUAAAAUUCUCCCAGGCAUUCUGCAGACCUUAGCUGUGUGUAAUGCCAAUAUACUUGACAGAGCUAAUCACUUGAGUUAGGGUUUUCCAGACAAGGGUCCAAAUAUACUUCUGAGGGUCAAAAUCUACUCAGGCAAAAUGUCCCUUGAAAUCAAUGAAUGUGAUUAUCAAAGUAGGGGCUGAAAUUUGCUCAAUGCUUUUCCCUACAGCUGUGCACUGAACUUAAUGCAUCCUUUUACACCGAAAAGCAUACCAGUUCUGGACUACAAAGCAACUGCAAGAGCAGGCAAGGCUUUAUUGCCAUCUUUAUGGAAAGCUGGUUGUAAACCAGUUCACUCCCAUGAAAUCUAUAUAAAACCAAUAGUAUUGGUUGUUUUGUCUUCUUUCCUUAUCAGUUGUUUUGUGUUUUUUUUUCCUCCCUCACAUGCACUGGUAUAUUAUUGUUUUAUGAAUGUUAGGACUGCUGGCAAGAACUGACAUGGCUUUUCAUCCUAAAAUUUUACAGUGUUCCUUUUUAUAUAUACUCUUGGGCAUUUGUGUAUGGUGUUUUCUUCUGUGGGAUCAAUUCAGGGAGCUGCCUGUGGAAUUCAGUGUAUGAUAAGAGUAUUUUUUCGUAUUUAAGUGGGAAAAAUAGUGCUUCCAUUAAUGAUAACUGACCAAAUGCCUAACGAAAAGGGAACACUGUGGUUAUAACCUGUAUUACGAUCUUCUGUAAUUAAUGGCAUCUUCAGUAGUUAAUAAAGUCGGUAUUUUUGUAACCUUGUUUACUCUUAUUAUUCUUAAUAAAGUAUUUUAUAAAAAAUA